UUGGAAGCUUACAAUUUAUUGUUAAAGAUGUUGCCCGAGAAGAUAGUGAAAAUGAACGUCCGACUAUUUUGUUUACUCCUAUUCAUCACUUCUUUUUGUCAACAUAUUAGCGCUGAAAAAUUGAAACUAUGCAUUGUCGACAGCGUGCAUACAGCAAAAAAGAUCCGCAGUCUUUGCCCGCAAUUAACGUCCACGGGGAACCAGGUAGAGUGUGUUAUUGGAAACGAUAGAUUCAACUGCCUGCGGCGAUUGAUCACGGGCCAGGCUGAUUUUACGGUUUUGGAGCCCGAAGAUCUUGUCGCGGCGUCUGCGUACAACGAGUACAAUGUUCUAGUCACCAAUGAGCUAAGACCAUUCCCAGAGGAGAAGCAACGCUUUGAGAUGGUAGUUCUAGUCAAUAAGGACGUGAAAAAUAUAUGGAACCUUAAAGGAAGACGGUUUUGCCAUCCUGGAUUCGACACCGCCGACGAUUGGACCAAAGCUUUCUCAACGUACUUCGAGAAGUGGAUAAUUACCAAAGAAUGCGAUCCUCAGAAGACCCUGCUGGAGAACAGGAUGAACGGACUCUCGAAUUUUUUCGAAGGAGCCUGCAUCGGUGGCCCUUGGUCCGCUGACACAACGUUCGACAGCAAGCUAAAAAUUAAGUACCGGAACCUCUGUACCGCGUGCGACAAUCUAUUCGAAGCCUGUUCCUCGGAUGACAAAUAUCACGGCCGGGAAGGUGCUUUAUUGUGCCUCACUGAUAACGCCGGCGACAUAGCGUGGGUCAGAUUAGACGAUACCCUUUUGCACUUCAAGGAGGAACAGAUCGGCAAAGAGAAUUACAACUACCUUUGUCCUGAUGGAACCACCAGGCCUAUGAAGAUCGACAAACCAUGCGUGUGGAUCACGAGACCGUGGCCAGUAAUCGUUGCUAGAUUGGAGGUGGCCGAGAAAGUGGAGAAGAUGAUGAGCUCGUUCAAGGAACAGAAAUCGAAUUGGAUCCUGCGUGAUUUGCUGGAGAAUUUUCACACGACGCCGGUGAGCACUGAUACUCUAGAAACGCCAGAGGACUUCUUAGUAAAAUUUCCCGGUUUCAUGAGCGCUAACCGCCGUGCAAACUGUCGGCCAUCAAGAAGAGUGCAGUGGUGUGUCGCGUCGAAUCUGGAGGAUCGGAAGUGUCGGUGGCUCAGAGAUGCGUCCUUCGUUUACGGUGUGGAGCCAACGAUCUCCUGCAAACAGGAGUCAUCGAGGGCAGCAUGCCUGACCGCUGUUCAAACUGGUCAGGCGGACAUAUUCGUCGCGAGACCCGAGGAACUGUACGCAGCCACAAAGCUGGGUCUGAAAUCGAUCGUACAGGCGAUACCCAAGAAGAACGAGUUCCAUCGAAUCGCAGCCGUCGUCAAACAGAAUUCGUGGUUCAAGAGCUUAAGGGAUCUCAAGGGAGCCAAGGCCUGUUUCACGGGGUACAGAGAUGUUGGUUGGUAUACCUUUCUCUCGGUUCUGAAGAAUAUUACUGGCGCCAGACCGGAGUGUUCGGAUAUGAAAGCGGUCGGAAACUUCUUCAGCAAGAGCGUUGUUCCUGGCCUGGCUGACAAUGAACAGGAAAUCCCUAGUAAUUUAUAUUUCUCAGGUAAACAAACAGGCAGCGUUGGAGACGAUUUAAGCGCUUUCCAGUGUUUAGAAUCCGGCCUUGGGGACGUGGCGUUCCUUGACCUGAAGAAUGUCGAGAAAAAGACUGGCAACUUAAAGUCGGAAGCUCACAGCGAUAAAUCAAGCAAUAAUGGCUACCGUACCCUGUGCCUAAAAAAGACGAAUGGCGAUGAACAGGACAUAUGUACGCUUGCGUGGAUCCCGUUGAGCGUGGUGGUAGCGCAUGCAAAUUUAACGGACUUACGGCACGAGGAAAUUUACUCGAUGCUUCUGGAAAUGGAUGAUCUUUUCGGCAAUACAUUCAAAGGUACCGUACCAUCGUUCUCCAUGUACGGACUGUACGACUCGAAUCACAGCGUUAUAUUUCCGGAGGAAACGCAGCAUUUACAAAUCGACGCUCAUCAAAUGCAUAUACGGAGUUACAAAGAUAUCAUCGAACAUCUUGUGAAACUACCUUGCAGUGGUUCAAGUAAUUUGAGUUAUUUUUACAGUUAUAUGAUUUCCAUAUAU